GAAAGGCAGCAGAUGCCAAUUCGCCAUGAGGCUGUUCGCAGUGAUUUUUUGGAUAGGCUGGGCCUUUGGCCAAGCGAAUUCCAGGAACCCAAAAGCCGAGACCGGCAGACUGAUAGCCUCUCUUCAAGCUGCUCCGGCUCCGGCGCCAGCACAAAGUGUGAUCUACAAACUGCCACCACAGCACUAUUACGCGCCACCGCCGCCGCCGCCUCCGCCACAUCACUGUAAUUGCCCGCCGGGGCCACCGGGUCCUCCUGGACCACCGGGCUUACCAGGAACACCUGGUCCCCAAGGUCCCAAGGGGCACACUGGCGCCAAGGGCGAGCGAGGAGAGAAGGGAGAGCGCGGUCACUACGGAUUACCAGGGCAACCAGGUCAACCUGGACCCAUUGGCCCACCGGGACUACCCGGCCCACCCGGUCUCAAAUCGGGACACGGUCACCACGAUCAUCAUGAUUACCAUCAUCAUCAUCCAGCGCCACCACCACCACCGCCUCCACCACCGCCACCGCCACCACCUCCGCCUCCACCACCACCGUCAUAUCCGCAUCCACACCCGCACCCCCAUCAUCCGCCCCCACCAAUAGUGACGCCUCCAAUUAUAGUUCCCAUACCAUUGCCACCACAGAAAGGAGACCACGGCCAUCAUCACCACAAGGGAUCCAAGGGUCCUCCCGGACCUCCUGGUCCACCAGGAAUGGGACCACCGGGUCCUCCAGGACCCCCAGGCACUGCGUAUCCCCCUCCCCCUCCUCCGCCACCUCCACGACCAUCGUACCCAUACCCCCCGUAUCCGUAUCCACCACCUGGACCAUAUCCAGCGCCAUGGAUUCCCCUCCCAGUGCCAGUGCCCUGGCCAUCAAAGGGACAUAAAGGCGACAAAGGACACAAAGGAGGCCACAAGGGAGACAAGGGCGGACAUCACCACCACUAUUAUCCUCCAGGACCCAAUAAGGGAGGCCACUACCCGUAUCCACCCCAUGGCGGCCAUGGCCCCUAUCCGCCACCUUAUCCACCUCACCAUCCACAUGAUGGCGGAGACAAUGGCCAUCACCAUCAUCCACCCCACAAUCAUGGAGGACACAACCACCAUCAUCCACCUCCCAGCAAGGGGGAGCAUCACCAUAAUCAUCCCUCACACAAUCAUGGAGGACAUAGCCACCAUCAUCCCCCACAAAAUCAGGGAGGGCAGGACCCACAUAAUACACAUCCCCACACUGGUACUCACGGAAAUGGAGGUCACAGCCAACCUCCACAUCACCAGCACCAGCAUCAUCAUCAACCCAUUCCCACAAAGCCGGAGGAUAGUGGCGAACAAAGUCCACGGGAUGAUCUGGACUUGCUGGAUGAAAAUGUGGAGAUCGUCGAAAACAUAAUUGAUGAGAAUGAUUCCAUGGAGGGUGAGGAGGUACUGUCCAAUGAGCCCAGUGACUUGGAAACGGAACCCGAGGAUUCGAACUACGACAUUCAAUAUGCAGACAACACACUGGAGAAUCUCCAAUCUCCGAGUGGCGCUGAAGAAAUCGACGAUGAGGAUCCAAACUAUGUGGUAACAGAGGGGGAAGAUGCGAUAGAAGAGGACCAUACAACUGAGGACGAGAUGGACGCCGGGAAUAUGAUGGAGGAUAACGCAGCUAUGUAUGGAGAUGCCAUUGAAGAGCGAACCAACAAAGGUCCAAUUAUCCUCUCAAUUGGAACUCCUCGAAAUCCUUUUCACAUUUACGCCUAUGAACAGUAUGAUACAUAA